CCACCAGCACCACCACCUCCUCCUCUCUCACACACCGCGAACGAGAGAUAGAGCGUCGAAUAUGGCGCAAGGGGCAGGAGCAGCGGGCGGGGGCAACAGCGCCUUCCGCGACAAGGAGAAGCCACAAGCGGUGCGAACAGCCAACAUCACCGCCGCCCGCGCAGUCGCCGAUGCCAUCCGAACCUCGUUGGGCCCGCGCGGGAUGGACAAGAUGAUCCAGACGGGCAAGGGCGAGACGAUCAUCACCAACGACGGCAACACGAUGCUCAAGGACAUGAGUGUCAUGCACCCGGCGGCCAAGAUGCUCGUCGACCUCGCCAACGCCCAAGACAUCGAGGCCGGCGACGGCACCACCUCCGUCGUCGUCAUCGCCGGCAGUCUCCUGGGAGCGGCAGAGCGAUUACUAGCCAAGGGACUCCACCCAACCAUCAUCUCCGAGUCCUUCCAACGCGCCGCCGCGGAAGCAGUCAGGAUAUUAGAAGGCAUCAGCGUCCCCAUCAACCUCUCCGACCGCCCCACCUUACUCAAAGCCGCCUCCACCUCCCUCUCCUCCAAGAUCGUGUCGCAGGAGCCCAAGCUGGCACCCAUGGCCGUCGAUGCCGUCCUCCGCACCCUCCCCAACCCCACCACCGCCACCAAUGUCGACCUCCGCAACGUCCGCAUCCUCAAGAAACCCGGCGGCGUAAUCGACGACAGCGAAAUGCUCGACGGUCUCCUCCUCUCUCAAUCCGUGGUUAAAUCCGCCGGAGGCCCUACCCGAAUCGAGAAAGCCCGGAUAGCGUUGAUUCAAUUCCAACUCUCCCCGCCCAAACCGGACAUGGAGAACCAGAUCGUCGUGAACGAUUACAGACAGAUGGACAAGAUCCUGAAGGAAGAACGAACCUACCUCCUCAACAUGUGCAAGAAGAUCAAAAAGGCGAAAUGCAACGUCCUCCUCAUCCAGAAAUCCAUCCUCCGAGACGCCGUCAACGACCUAUCCCUCCAUUUCCUCUACAAACUCGGCAUCCUCGUCAUUAAAGACAUCGAGCGCGACGAAAUAGAGUUCAUCACCAAAUCCACCGGCUGCAAACCCAUCGCCGACAUCGACAGUUUCACCGAAGACAAACUCGCUUCCGCGGAGCUGGUGGAAGAAGUGUCGUCAAUGGGCGCCCGCUUCACCAAAAUCACCGGCCUCAAACCCACCUCCUCCAGCGAUACCACCACCUCCUCCUCCUCCUCCGGAGGCAGCAGUGGGGGUCGCACAGUCUCCAUCCUCCUCCGCGGCGCCAACCCCUUGAUCCUCGACGAAGCGGCCCGCAGCCUCCACGACGCCAUGUGCGUGAUCCGGUGUCUCGUCAAGAAGCGCGCACUCCUCCCCGGAGGUGGCGCACCGGAAAUGGCGGUGUCGACUUCUUUACUCACGCAGGCGAGUACGAGGAGUUAUCCGGACAGUAUCUGCUGGAAGGCUUUCGCGGAGGCGUUGGAGGUCGUUCCCGUGACGUUGGCGGAGAAUGCCGGGUUGAGUGCUGUGAGGGUUGUGACGGAGUUGAGGGCGAGACAUGUGAGGGGGGAGGUCGGGGUGGGGGUUAGUAUUAAGAGGGGGGGUGUUGGCGUGAUGGGAGGGGGUGGAGCGGGAGAGGGCGUGAUGCAGCCGUUGCUCGUUAGUACGAGUGCGGUUGAGUUGGCCAGUGAGACUGUCAAGAUGAUUUUGAGGAUUGAUGAUAUUGCUUUAAGCAGAUAG